CCGAAUACGCCAAGCCAUGAACAGCAAAAUCGUCAAACCACGACAUCUCCUCUUCCUGUUCCUCGUCAUACUCCCCCUCUCUAUACUCUGGAAACAACCAUCCAUCUUGACCGAUAUCACCACAUCUGUCCGCUCAAAAGCCCGGAGGCACUCAUCACCAUCAGACCUUGGCAGGCCACUAUACGAAGAAACAAACGGCUGCCCCCCUCCGACCACCCGCUAUACCCCCGGUCAGAACGAUGUCUUCUGCUACCCCUCCAGCGGCGGCAUAUGGAGUGUAAAUCUGAAGCCAAUUGGCCUGAAAUAUCUCAACAUCGACCGUUUCCAUCCCUCCACCCGCUCCUAUAACCAGACAGAGGAAGAUCAAUUUUGCAACAAGCUCCGUGUAUUCGGGGGUAAAUGGACAAGUAGCGCCAUGAUUGCCAUGCACAGAUCCAGCUAUUGCGAUCCGUAUGAGUUGCAAUACGCGAUGAGGAUGAAUUCUCUGGACAUUCACCGGGAAGUUGGGCUCCCUGAGUAUGGGGGUGUGUGGGUGCUGCAUGGGGAGCGGUACCGUGAAUGGUGGGGAUAUGAUGGUUCCGAUAAGGGACUAGAUAAUGUGUUGACAAUGGAAGAGCAAUGCCUGGUGUUGGAGAGGAUGGGGGCCGAUUAUUGCAGAUAUAUUCAUAGUUGUCCCCCAUUGAGGGAUUUGUUGUACGAGCCCCGGGAUAGGGCAAAGGAGGUUCUCGAGGAGGAUAAAGACCAGAAGCCGGUUAUCUGGUUCGGCUAGAGGGUAUUUACAGUAUAAACUGUAUCCUGGGUUGAGAAGGGUUCUCGGAUAUCUACUCGGAAUAUGCUGUUCUGGAUAUGAAUGAGCAAGAUAUGCUGUAUAAUCAAGGCAGGGUUGUAUGAACCAUGGAUUAAAGCAACGUGUUACUCCACAGUGGUGGAUGCACUGCCACGCAGAGAUAUCUGGCAACAACGCAGUUUGCAGUAGAUUCAUAGACCAUCAUUACUACUCUAGACAGAUCAGAGAGUUAUGUAUGGCAUAUAAUGUUCCAAACACG